CGCUCUCUACGUCAGUGUAGCCAGAGCCGCGUCGGGAGCGAGCUCGGACCAGAGCCGACUUGCGUCAGUGCCGAGCGCGCGCAUCGCUGCCAGCUCUGGGGCCCCGGCAGGGCUGGGAAAUGGUGGAGCGGGCGGAGGCAGGGGCGACCGAGUGUUGAGGGGAACCUGCGGACUCGGCCGAGAUGGGAUCGGGCGCGGGCUCGCCCUCUGGGACCCUCUGCUUCCUGUGGCUGAUCUUGUUCGGCUUGGUGAGCCCAGCCCUCGGUGGGGCUCGGUCAGGCUUUCAACAGACCUCCCAUCUCUCUUCUUAUGAAAUAAUAACUCCUUGGAGAUUAACUAGAGAAAGAAGAGAAGCCCCUAGGCCCUACUCAGAGCAGGUAUCUUAUGUCAUUCAAGCUGAAGGAAAAGAGCAUAUUAUUCACUUGGAAAGGAAUAAGGACCUUUUACCCAAAGAUUUUGUAGUUUAUACCUACAACAAGGAAGGGGCUCUGAUCUCUGACUACCCUGAUAUACAGAAUCAUUGUCAUUAUCGGGGAUACGUGGAGGGCGUUUAUAAUUCAUCGAUUGCUCUUAGCAACUGUUUUGGACUCAGAGGCUUGCUGCAUAUAGAGAAUGUGAGUUAUGGGAUUGAACCCCUGCAAAACAGCUCUCAUUUUGAGCACAUCUUUUAUCGAAUGGAUGAUGUCCACAAAGAGCCUGUGAAAUGUGGGGUUUCCAACAAGGAUACAGAGGAAGAAACCACAAAGGAUGAAGAGGAAGAGCCUCCCAGCGUCACUCAGCUACUUCGAAGAAGAAGAGCUGUCCUGCCACAGACCCGCUAUGUGGAGCUGUUCAUUGUCGUAGACAAGGAAAGGUAUGACAUGAUGGGAAGAAACCAGACUGCAGUGCGAGAAGAGAUGAUUCUUUUAGCAAACUACUUGGAUAGCAUGUACAUCAUGUUAAAUAUUCGAAUUGUGCUAGUUGGGCUGGAGAUUUGGACAAAUGGAAAUCUGAUCAACAUAAUUGGAGGUGCGGGUGAUGUGUUGGGGAACUUUGUACAGUGGCGGGAAAAGUUUCUUAUAACACGUCGGAGGCAUGACAGUGCACAGCUAGUUCUGAAGAAAGGUUUUGGUGGGACCGCGGGAAUGGCGUUUGUGGGAACAGUGUGUUCAAGGAGCCACGCGGGCGGGAUUAACGUGUUUGGGCAAAUCACAGUGGAGACAUUUGCAUCCAUUGUUGCUCAUGAGUUGGGUCAUAACCUUGGAAUGAAUCAUGAUGAUGGGAGAGAUUGUUACUGUGGAGCAAAGAGCUGCAUCAUGAAUUCAGGAGCAUCAGGUUCCAGAAACUUCAGCACCUGCAGUGCAGAAGACUUUGAGAAGUUAACUUUAAAUAAAGGUGGAAACUGCCUUCUUAAUAUUCCAAAGCCUGACGAAGCUUACAGCGCUCCUUUCUGUGGUAAUAAAUUGGUGGACCCUGGGGAAGAGUGUGACUGCGGUACUCCAAAGGAAUGUGAAUUGGACCCUUGUUGUGAAGGAAGUACUUGUAAACUUAAAUCAUCUGCUGAAUGUGCAUAUGGCGACUGUUGUCAAGACUGUUGGUUCCUUCCAGGAGGUACUUUGUGCCGAGGAAAAACCAAUGAAUGUGAUGUUCCAGAAUAUUGCAACGGUUCUUCUCAGUUCUGUCAGCCAGAUGUUUUUAUUCAGAAUGGAUACCCUUGCCAGAAUAACAGAGCCUAUUGUUACAAUGGCAUGUGCCAAUAUUAUGAUGCUCAGUGUCAAGUCAUCUUUGGCUCAAAAGCCAAGGCUGCUCCAAGGGAUUGUUUCAUUGAUGUGAAUUCCAAAGGUGACAGAUUUGGCAAUUGUGGUUUCUCUGGCAAUGAAUACAAGAAGUGUGCCACUGGGAAUGCUUUGUGUGGAAAGCUUCAAUGUGAGAAUGUACAAGAAAUGCCUGUAUUUGGAAUUGUGCCUGCUAUUAUUCAGACUCCUGGGAGAGGCACCAAAUGUUGGGGUGUGGAUUUCCAGCUUGGGUCAGAUGUUCCCGAUCCUGGCAUGGUGAAUGAAGGCACCCGAUGUGGCGUUGGAAAGAUCUGUAGAAACUUCCAAUGUGUAAAUGCGUCUGUUCUGAAUUAUGACUGUGAUAUUCAGAAAAAGUGUCAUGGACAUGGGGUAUGUAACAGCAAUAAGAAUUGUCACUGUGACAGCGGCUGGGCUCCCCCCUACUGUGAGGCUACAGGGUACGGAGGAAGUGUGGAUAGUGGACCUGCAUACAAUGAAAAGAAUACCGCCUUGAGGGACGGACUUCUGGUGUUCUUCUUCGUCAUUGUUCCUCUUACUGCAUUGGCUGCUUUUGUCUUCAUUAAGAGAGACCAGCUACAGAAAAGCUACUGCAGAAGGAAGAGAUCACAAACAUAUGAGUCAGAUGGCAAAAAUCAAGCAAAAGUUUCUAGACAGCCAGUGAGUGGUCCUGGACAUGCUUCUUCGGUGGCUCCUCCUAGAGAAGUUCCUAUAUAUGCAAACAGAUUUCCAGUACCAACUUAUGCAGCCAAGCAGCCUCAGCAGUUCCCAUCAAGGCCACCUCCACCACAACCGAAAGUAUCAUCUCAGGGAAAUUUAAUUCCUGCUCGUCCUGCUCCUCCACCUCCGUUAUAUAGUUCCCUCACUUGAUUGUUUGGUUUUUUUUUAACCUUUCAUUUUGCAGACAUCUUCAGGGAACUGAGCUAAUACUUUUUUUUUCCUGAUAUUUUCUUGAAAAACCUUUCUUCCUGCUGCAAUUAUGAAUGAAAACAAAAUACCACCAAACAAACUUUGUUAAUACAGAAAAACAGAACUUGAGUAGUGGGAAAUGAGAAACAGAAGAAAUGCAGUAAAGCCAGGGAAUUUAGAAUAACAUUUUCAUUUCCAUUACUGAAUACAUUUUAUUCGGUCAUCUGUGAGGUUAAUGCACGUGACAUGGAUUAUGUUAUUUGAACACGUUACUGUAGUGAUUUUCAAAUUAACUGUAUUGGUUUAAGUUUUGUCAUUAUGUGCUUAAAUGUAAUUCUGAAUUUUGACCUUAGUUAUCAUUAAUGUAGUUUCUGAUUGAACAUGUAAUAAUCUAAUACCUGUGAAAACUAAUUAGCUGUCAAUUAAUAUCUAAUAUUUUUAAUCUUGCACAGACUAAUAAUCAUCACACACUAGAAUUUUGUGUAUCUCAUUCACUACAUGAAUAAAGGAAUACUCUGUCUUCAGAAGAAUGCACAAAAUACAGAAUUAAGAUACCAUAAUAUAAAUUUAAAAGUGCAAAAACACACUAAAAGUGUGUAUGUGUAUACUUACACACAGUUAUUAUCUUCCAUUUUAAUGAACAUUCUAUGGAUAUAUGAUUCUGUGGAUUCUAUGGCUAAUAGAUUCUGUGGAUCUAUCAAUGGAUAAUGAAUAUUAGAAAAGUUAAUUUAAUAAUAGAAUUUCUAUUAUGAAUCAUGUUAAAGCAUAGCAUCCUUUUACAAUAGCAUUAUUUUAAAUUAAUUAUAAACUUUAAGGUACGAAGUAUUUAAUAGAACUAAUCAGAUACGCUGUUGAUUCUUGGCUGUAAUAAAAAGCAGGAACAAUUAUAAUAUCUUCAAUCAAUUGAGCUAUCAUAAAACCACUUGAGAAUUUCAUAAGCACUUUAAUUUUAAGUCCAAAAUCUGAAACUUCAAAGAUUGCUAUUAAUAUAAUUUAGAAUGUUUACAUUUACUAAGGUGUGCUUGAUAAUGUCUCUGUUGACACUAAUAUUUUUAAAGAAAUUAGGCUGGAGAAAGGAAGGAAGAAAAAGUUUUCUUAGAUAAGUGCAAAAAAGUUAGUGGUAUCUGUGAGUUAUUGUCCCAGCUAUGAUAAAAAAAUGAAUUUUUACUGUGGAAGAAAUGGUAUGAAUGAUAAAAAUUUAAGCACCUAAAUUUUUUUGGUAAUUUUUCAUAAUAAAGUUUAUUAAUAAGUUUAUUAACUGAAUUUCUUUAGUUUUUAAAAAAUUUUUGGUUUGUGUAUACAUACAUAUACAAACAUAAGAUUUACAAUAAAUAAAAUACUUGAAAUUCUGAUUUGUGUUGCCCAGUAAUUUCUUAAAUACUCAGCUAUUUAUAACCUUAUUAAUUAAAACAUUAUACUAAUUUUCCAGACUUCUGCCAAAUUGUGAACAGUGGCUUUUUGUUAAAAAGAAAAACAGAUUGGUUUUGAAUAAGACACAUAUCUGUCUUCUGAAGAUGGUACAUUAUUUUAACAAUCAGGUACAUAUUAAAAAUUGUAAACAGUCCCAAAUAAAGAUUCUUCAUUUCAA